CUUUUGUAAGUCAACCGGGGUAAGUAAAGUAAUUAGAACUCAAUCCACAGGCAUACAUGAUACAUGUGGCGGAUCCGAGAGUGAGAAAGAAGAAAACGGAAAUAUAUCUUAAGAGUGUUGAGAUCUAAGACUGAAUAGUAAAGAGGGAGCUGACCAUUUGAUCAGAGAUGGGUUGCUCGUUCUCCGGAUUGAAUGCUCUAUACGACGCCGUUAAUGGUGGUGGCGAUGUUUGGAUCGAUGAGAAUCGCUUCAGAAUUGUCAGGCAGCUUGGCGAGGGUGGUUUCGCUUACGUUUUCCUCGUCAAGGAGGUUAUUUCCGACCCUUCUAAUCCUGGCGUUUCCAAGAAAUUUAAGGAUUCUUGUCAUAUCUCUGAUGAUGGAAUUUAUGCCAUGAAGAAGGUUCUUAUUCAGAACAGUGAACAAUUGGAGUUGGUUAAAGAGGAGAUCCGUGUUUCAUCUUUAUUUACUCAUCCCAAUCUGCUUCCUCUCCUUGAUCAUGCUAUCAUAGCAGUCAAGGCCGCGCCAGAUCAGUCGUGGAAGCAUGAAGCUUACUUGUUGUUUCCGGUACAUUUGGAUGGGACAUUACUAGAUAAUGCCACAGCCAUGAAAACUAAGAAGGAAUUCUUUUCCACUUCGGAUGUUCUUCAAAUAUUUCAUCAGCUUUGUGCAGGACUCAAGCAUAUGCACAGCUUUGAUCCUCCUUACGCUCAUAAUGAUGUCAAACCCGGUAAUGUCCUGUUAACUCAUAGAAAAGGACAGCCACCUCUUGCAGUAUUAAUGGAUUUUGGAAGCACGCGUCCUGCAAGAAAGCAAAUCCGCUCUCGUUCAGAGGCAUUGCAGCUGCAGGAAUGGGCAGCUGAGCAUGUUUCCGCACCCUUCCGAGCACCUGAAUUAUGGGAUUGCCCAAGCCAGUGUGAUAUUGACGAAAGAACUGAUAUCUGGUCAUUAGGUUGUACAUUAUAUGCAAUAAUGUAUGGAGUAUCUCCCUUUGAAUAUGCACUUGGGGAAUCUGGUGGAAGUCUGCAGUUGGCUAUUGUAAAUGCACAGAUAAAGUGGCCAGCCGGACCUAAACCUCCAUAUCCAGAAGCCCUUCACCAAUUCGUGACAUGGAUGCUUCAGCCUCAGGGGACAGUUCGACCUCGCAUAGAUGAUAUCAUAAUUCAUGUUGACAAAUUGAUCUCAAAGUUCUCCCAUUGAAAAGAUAGGACCAGAUUUGUGGGGUUAGUUUACGGAUGAAUCAUCUUAUAGCAUCAUUUAGCUUAUUACAUAUUUUACCGCAAAGUUACUUUUCAUUCUUGACUUUUCCCUGUUGAAAUGUGUGAGAAGCAGUUGUUUUUCUCUUGUUUAGGUUAUAUUUGUGGCAAGAGGCUUUGGCGGUCAUAUGUUCUUUCUUUAAAAUUA